AAGAGUUUUGAUAUAAGUCCUAUAUAAUUUUGUAUCGUAUUUUUUUUCUUGUCCAACAUACUAAUUACCCAGAAGAUCUCGCCCCAGGAAACCAGUUUUCGUCACAGUCAACGAAUGAAUUUUAUGUGGAUUCGAGAAAAAACAUGUUCAGAUUUUACUACCGGACCGUAUGUUUGGUUGCAUCAUAUUAUAAAGAUAUGGGACUCUGUACAGAAAAAAAAAACAACAAUAGGUAGUUGUUGUAAUUUAAAACAAAGCCCUUUUGGACGGUAAUCAACUUGAAGCAAGAAAGACAAAGGAAAUAUUUAAGCUUUGAGAUCGCCCAAGUGAAUGACAGAGGGUGCUAUCCAGCGCAGGUGGUCGUUUCCUGAUGGAUUCUGGGAUAAAAAUAAAAAAAUUGCGCACUUGCUUGCUUCGUCUGGGGGCAAAAAAAGGGCAAAAAAAAUUGUAAACUGGGCCAACAACAUCGUAACAGUAUAUCUUCUUUUGUUUUGAUUAUAAUAUUCUGAAAAAACAAGAUAUGUAGGUCAGUUUGUAACAAGAGAGGAAUUAUUUUAUGUGCGAAAGUGUUCUUUUGUGAUCUUUUUCAGGAUCAAUAAUUUAAAAUAUCACUUUGUUUUCUAAAUAAUACUCCUAAAUAAUAAUCAAAAUUCAAUUACACAGAGAUUUGAGUAAUCCUCCAAAAAAGGAUUAACUCAAAAAAAAGACAAAUAAGAAAAAAAAAAAAAUAUUCCAGACGAAGGAAGGAGACCAUCGGUCGUUGCACUUUCUCAACAACAAACAAAAAAAAAAAAAUUUGAAAACCACAUUGCCAUGGCUGGCUGGCAAAAGGACGAGCACACAUAAAUUCGUACUUACUAUAUCCUCCUAAUUCAAAUAAUCACAAGAAAAAAAAACUUGUUUUCAGGACACAAGAGGAGGAAGUCUAUGAACCCUAUGAGCGUUUGUUUUCUUUGCAAACGAGGCUAAUGGACCAACAAUUUUUGAUAAACUUUGUCCUUCUCUCUGCACCCGCACCAACAUUCGUUUUCUAUUUCAAAUUUGAUGUUAGUCAUAGUUUCAUUCAUUGAUCAAUUUAGUUUACUGAACUGUUCUCCAUCGUACGAGAAAUAGUUAAUACUCAGAAAUGGCAUUUAAAUUCAUUGUUGCUCUUGCAUUCGUUGCUGUUGCCAGUGCUGGACUCAUUCCUGCUCACCAGGGAUACCAUGCUGCCCAACCAGUGUUGAUCAAAUCUGAAGACUCAUAUGACCACCACCCACAAUACCAAUUCUCAUAUGGAGUUAAUGAUGCCCACACCGGAGAUGUCAAGAACCAAAUUGAAACCCGUGAUGGAGAUGUUGUCAAGGGAGAAUACUCUCUUAUUGAUGCUGAUGGUUACAAGAGGACUGUCCACUACUCCGCUGAUGACGUACAUGGCUUCAACGCUGUUGUCCAACGUGAACCACUCGGGCAUGUUGUGAAGGCUGUUCACUCUGCCCCAGUUGCUUAUGCUGCACCAGCUGUCAUCAAGUCAGCUCCUUUGGCUUAUGCUGCUGCUCCAGCUAUCGUGAAGUCAGCUCAUGUUGGUUAUUCUGCUCCAGCAUAUACCCAGAAUUAUGCCGCUGCUCCAGUUGCUUACUCGCAUGCUCCAUCAGUUGCAUACUCCCAUGCACCAGCUGCUUACACAACUCAAGCCUUAGUGAAGUCAAGCCGAAUUUCAUAUUCUGCCCCAGCUUAUGCCUACCAUCACUAAAAAGAUCCUAAUUGCCUUAAAAAAGAA